GCAGCUGCUCUGGGCCCCCCAGGAGAGCGGCCCUGCCGUGCUGGCCCAGAGGCAGCAGGGAGGGUUUGGAUUUGCCGGUGCUCCGUGCUGGCAGCUCGGCCGCUGGCAGCGAUGCCCGUGGAGCCCCUGAUCUGCGCCAACACGGCCUCGCGGGUGAGCUCCGUGCUUAACCGGGAUGUGAAGCAGUUUGGGAAGAAGCACAUGUUUGACACGAGCGAGGAGACGUGUUGGAACUCGGACCAGGGCACGUGUCAGUGGGUCACCCUGGACUUUCCCCACACCGUCAAGGUCUCGCAGCUCCACAUCCAGUUCCAGGGAGGAUUCUCCAGCCGGCUGUGCAUACUGGAAGGCUGCAGAGCAGGUGAAGAACUGGUGAAAAUAUCUGACCUGUACCCCCAGGACAUCAAUGCCAUGCAGAGAUUCCAGGUGGAGGAGACGGUGCUGGAUAAGCUGAAGAUCACGUUUGAGAACAGCACAGACUUCUUCGGGAGGAUUGUGGUGUACCACCUCGGGGUGCUGGGGAAGAAGCUCUAGGGCAGCGUGGGGGGCUGUUCCUCAUCGCCUGCGCUCCCCCGUGGGGGGGACACGGGACAGCAAACCCUGCCAGCCGCCCCCUGAGGCUCUGAGAGGGAAUCCCACCCCACGGGUGGCAAUGACAGAGGGACACUAGUGCAGACAUCCACUUCCAAGCCUUUGGUGGGACACAGCCGGUGUAACUGGCUGAAUAAAUGGUGUCAUCACUCCUUCC